UGCGCGCUCCCAGAAUGCACCGGCAGUCCGCGGGAAACCAAAAUGGCGAAGGGCUGUAGCGAAGCUGGCUGUGUUUAAGGCCGGUGUGGGAACGCUCGCUCUGACCCCCGUCGCUCGUCCUCAGGACCGUGGUUUGUGCGUGUUGUCUGUGCGGGGUGCCCGUCGGGGAGAGUGCCCGGCCAGCGCUCGGACUCGCAGGGGAAGCACCCACGGGGACGUGCUUGGUUGUUUUUUCCUGUAUGAAGCGGUUGGCACCACUGAAGUGACCGAAUGAGAGACUCUACAGGGGCAGGUAAUUCACUGGUCCACAAGCGGUCUCCUUUACGUCGAAACCAAAAGACCCCAACAUCCUUGACCAAGCUGUCUUUACAGGAUGGAUAUAAAGUCAAAAAGCCAGCAUGUAAAUUUGAAGAGGGUCAGGAUGUCCUAGCUAGAUGGUCAGAUGGCUUGUUUUAUCUUGGAACUAUCAAAAAGAUAAACAUAUUGAAACAGAGCUGCUUCAUCAUUUUUGAAGACAGUUCUAAAUCCUGGGUUCUCUGGAAGGACAUCCAAACAGGAGCCACUGGAAGUGGGGAAAUGGUCUGUACAAUAUGUCAGGAAGAGUAUUCAGAAGCUCCCAAUGAAAUGGUUAUAUGUGAUAAGUGUGGCCAAGGAUAUCAUCAGUUGUGUCACACACCUCACAUUGAUUCCAGUGUGAUUGAUUCAGAUGAAAAAUGGCUCUGUCGACAGUGUGUUUUUGCAACAACAACAAAGAGGGGUGGUGCGCUUAAGAAAGGACCAAAUGCCAAAGCAUUGCAAGUCAUGAAGCAGACAUUACCCUAUAGUGUGGCAGACCUUGAAUGGGAUGCAGGUCAUAAAACCAAUGUCCAGCAAUGUUACUGCUAUUGUGGAGGCCCUGGAGACUGGUAUUUAAAGAUGCUACAGUGCUGCAAAUGUAAGCAGUGGUUUCACGAGGCUUGUGUGCAAUGCCUUCAAAAGCCAAUGUUAUUUGGAGACAGGUUUUAUACAUUUAUUUGCUCUGUCUGCAGUUCUGGACCUGAAUACCUCAAACGUCUACCAUUACAGUGGGUAGAUAUAGCACACUUAUGCCUUUACAACCUAAGUGUUAUUCACAAGAAGAAAUACUUUGAUUCUGAACUUGAGCUUAUGACAUACAUUAAUGAAAACUGGGAUAGAUUGCACCCUGGAGAGAGAGGAAGGAAGAGGGACAGAGAAUUAGAAACAUCAAUGAGAGAGAAACAUCAAUCAGCUGCCUCCUGCACACCCCCUACUGGGGAUGUGCCUGCAACCAAGCUGGCAGACACACCAAAAUCUGAAAGAUAUGAGCAUGUUCUGGAGGCAUUAAAUGAUUACAAGACCAUGUUUAUGUCUGGGAAAGAAAUAAAGAAGAAGAAGCAUUUGUUUGGGUUGCGAAUUCGUGUUCCUCCUGUGCCACCAAAUGUGGCUUUCAAAGCAGAGAAAGAACCUGAAGGAACAUCCCAUGAAUUUAAAAUUAAAGGCAGAAAGGCAUCCAAACCUAUGUCUGAUUCAAGGGAAGUAAGCAAUGGCAUAGAAAAAAAAGGAAAGAAAAAAUCUGUAGGUCGUCCACCUGGUCCAUAUACAAGAAAAAUGAUUCAGAAAACUGCUGAGCCGUCUUUGGAUAAGGAAUCAAUUUCAGAAAAUCCUACCUUGGAUUUACCUUGUUCUAUAGGGAGAACUGAGGGAUCUGCACAUUCAUCUAAUACCUCAGAUGUGGAAUUCACGGGUGCUUCCAGUGCAAAAGAAACUACCUCGUCUAGCAUUGCCAGGCAUUAUGGUUUAUCUGACUCCAGAAAAAGAACUCGUACAGGAAGAUCUUGGCCUGCUGCGAUCCCUCAUUUACGGAGGCGGAGGGGUCGUCUUCCAAGAAGAGCACUCCAGACUCAGAACUCAGAAAUUGUAAAAGACGAUGAAGGCAAAGAGGAUUACCAAUUUGAUGAACUCAACACAGAGAUUUUGAAUAACUUAGCAGAUCAGGAGUUACAACUCACUCAUCUAAAAAACUCCAUUACCAGUUAUUUUGGUGCUGCAGGUAGAAUAGCAUGUGGUGAAAAAUACCGAGUGUUGGCUCGUCGGGUGACACUUGAUGGAAAGGUGCAGUAUCUUGUGGAAUGGGAAGGAGCAACUGCAUCCUGACUGUAGGACUGAACAUUAUGUUCACUGCACUCUCAUUUUCUAUAGGUACAGUUCAAAGCCCUAAAGGAGUCUGGCUUUUACUAUCUUUCUUAAAAAAAAUGUCAAAAAAUUUCACAAAAGAAGAUGAUACUAGCCUUAAUGUGUAUCUGUCAAUGUUAUGGAUAUUGUCAUAAAAAGAUAUCUUUUAAAAAUCAAAGAGACUUAAUUUUUUAAAUCUUAAGAUUUGUAGAAUGUUUCUAGAAUAGGAUAUUAAAAAUGAUUCAAACCCAUGCAUGGUGUUAGAUAAUUUUUCUAAUUAUUCCAUUGAGUCAGUUUUUGUGAUGAGUGGUUAUCAGAGCAAACAGAUCCUGUAGUUAGAUAGCACAAGUAUUUGAAAAAAUUGUCUGUUUUGUUACCAAAAUGUUGGAAAAAGUUUAUUUCAAUAUCUUUUAGAUUUCAUUAAGUGCAGUGUAUAUAAUGCCUACUAAAAGACUGUAAAAUAUUGAAAUUUUCUUUCAAGCAAAGUGUAAAAAUAUAUAUUGAGCCUGUAAAUUGCUCUGUGACUAGACUUCAUUGUCGUCUUAAUAUAUUCUUUGCAUGUGCAUAUAUAUAUAUACACACGCAGUUGUGUAUGUAUAUGUGUGUGAUUAUGUGACCUAUGCAAUACAAAUUAUGGGAAUGGGCAGCUUUGGAGUAUAUAUCCCAUAAUUCUUAUUUCAGGAAUAGUUGCAGUAUUUACACAGCAGCAUUUCUUCUCAGGCUUUUAUUGGGUGCUGUUGCUUGCUAUGUAUGAAGAGAAAUGUGUCAAACAAGUUUAGUGUGCUCUGAAGAAGGGUGUGGACAACAUUGUUCAUGGGCUUUUAGAAUGCUUUUCUCUUUCAGUCCUUGUAACUCAGCUGUUCAGUACCUAAAACAAAUUCAAAUAAUAUGAACAUUAUCUCCUACUAGAAGUAACGUUUUCAACUUUUCACGGCACAUUUUGAUUGUAAAUGUCUCUCAGUUUUAACAGUAAGUCUAUAGGAGUCCUGUGAAGAUUCCUGAAAUGUCCGUAGUAACUGUUAGUCAUGUUGAAUAAGUGUAGUAUGAACAAAGUAUUUUAUUGCACAGGGUUAACAAACAGUAUGUUGCCUGCCACGGCUAGUGCUGUUUUUUUACAACAUUACCUCUUGUUUUUAUAAAAUGUACCAAGAUUUAAAUUGAUAAUUUUAUUUUACAUGUAAAAAGAAACAAUUUCUUUUAUCACCAGUGUUAGAGUUGUCUUCUGUUUGUUUUUGUUUCGCUUGUUUGUUCUUUUUUAGCCAAAGAGUAAACAGAAGAAUAUUCUUAUUUUGGUGGCUAUUCAUUUUAUUCUUAAAAGUGAUUGGUGGAUUUUAGCCUAAAAAUUGGGGAAUUUGCUGCCAAAAUGAAAAAUAUGUAAAGCGUAGUGAUUACAGAGCGGUAAAAAUGUGGGUUAGUACUUAUUUAUUCCAUUGAUUGAUUAUUUGACUGUUUAUAAUGAAAGUUGCUUUAUUUCUUUAAACAUCUUCAAAAGAUGACCUUUUCUUGUCAUACUAUAGCCAAAAGAAGCAGAGAACAUUGUUGUCCUGCAUUUGGUUCCUGGUUGGCCAGGUAUAAAUGAGCUUUACAAAAGUGUGAAUUAAAACUGUCAUUUCUGUUUACCUCCACCAAAACUUGAUUUCCCCCUAGCUAUUAAUUUAAAGUUGCCUUUCCUGCACUGCAAUAUUUUGAAUAACACACAGAGUUUGUGUUGAUUUUGAAUGUUUGUUUAUAUCUAGGGGUAAUGGAAAAUGUAAAUCCCGUGUAACCUUAUUCACUCCCCCUGUAUCAUAUUAUUUCAUUUUCCCCAAAGUCCUUUAAUUCUAACUGAACACCAGCAGUAUUUUUAGAAACUCUUUGGCAUACUUGGAAGAUGAUUUAUUAAGCUGAACUGUCUUUAGACGUAAUUAUUGUGAAUGUCUGUUUUAUUUUAUCAUGGUGAUUCACAUGGCGCUGAUGUUCAGUUUGUAUUUUUGGAAUUGCUUUACGUAGAAUUAAAACAGACCAACAUUAAAUGUGUGUAUUUUUUAAAUAGCUAAUGAGUUUUGCUUCUGUAUUUGCUUAAAAAUACACACUGGUGCAAUAGAUGACUACUUUUAUUUAGCUCAGGGA